CACCCUGUAAUCCAAUAGCGGAAGUGCAUCAGGUUGUCUUGUGAAUAUAUGGUCAUAUGAUCAGCAUCAAAUCAUCCAAGCAGCAUUGGAGAUUUGCAGCAUGGCUCUGAAAAUACUUCUUUCUUGUCUUGUACUCGCCGCCUGUACAUCUGCAUUCCCAUACACAGAAACAAUUCUAGAUGCAAAUCUUCUUAUCAACGUCAACCCGGAAACGCAACAGUUUGUUGAUUCUCUUGGCCGAGAACGGUUUUUCCACGGUACAAAUGUCGUCGUUAAAGGGCCACCAUACCACCCAAAGACAACAGGCCACGACCAUGGCACCUUUUCUGAGGUUGAUAUGAAACUGUUGCAAAGCUUGGGGCUAAAUGCUGUUAGACUCGGUUGGAUGCUGCCUGGCUAUGUUCCUCAAAGGGGCCAGUACAAUGCAACGUACAUGGAAGUGAUGCAGAAAAUUGUGUCAACUGCCGCAAAGUAUGGAAUAUACACACUGCUAGAUAUGCAUCAAGAUGUCAUGUCAAGGAAGUUUUGCGUAGAGGGCUUUCCAGACUGGGCUGUUAAUUCAGGCAAUGCUCAAAACUUUCCCUUCCCACUGGAAGACAAAUACCCAAUUGACCCAGAAACCGGAUACCCAUCUUCAAAGGACUGUGCAAAACACACUUGGAGCGACUAUUAUUUCACCGAAGCAUCUGCAGCUGCAUUUCAAAGUUUGUACAACAACACCGAUGGACUGCUUGAUGCAUGGGCGGAAUUCUGGGGGAAAACAGCACAGGGUUUCAAGGAUUACAGCAGCGUUAUUGGUUACGAGCUAAUAAAUGAACCAUUUGCAGGGGACGUUUUCCGUGACCCAUCAUUAAUGGUGCCUGGUGUUGCGGACGAGAAGAACCUUGCUCCUGCAUACGAAAAGCUCCACAAGGCGAUUCGAAACUUCGAUAAACAUCACAAUGUUUUCUUUGAGGGAGUGACAUGGGAUUUUUUCGCAGCUGGUUUUAAAACAGUACCUGGGGGCUCAGCCUACCAAAACCGAAGUGUUCUAAGCUACCAUUACUACGAGCCUCCUGAUUUCAACAAGAAGUUCCAGUUCGAGGUUCGCGCACAGGACCUAAAACGGCUGAAAUGCGCAGGUUUUGCGACAGAGCUGUUAGUUGUCAGUAACAGUGCCAAGGGCGUCGCAGACAUGUUUGAGCUUUUCGAUAUCUGUGAUGAACAUAUGCAAUCAUGGACGGGUUGGGACUAUCGGCCGCUAGAUUAUCAGCCAGCAGGCUGCUCUGAGAAUGACAAGGGAUGUCCUGAAGGGGCACCAAAACCGCAUCACAUUUAUAUACAAAACACAAGCCGCACAUACCCACAGGCAGUUGCAGGUAUUACCAAAGGGUUCAAGUUUGAGAAGGAGACGCAGAAAUUCACCAUGAGCUACAUUGUAUCUGCAAGUUGCAAAAGCACGGAAAGUGUUAUUUAUCUCAAUAAAAACCUGCAUUACCCAAAUGGGUUUAACGUUGAUGUUGUGCCAGCCGGGUCGGCUACUUGGCGCGACUCUGGCAAUUAUGUUACCUUGAAUCACCAAAAAGAUCUACCUCCUGGACAUGAAAUCAGCAUAACCAUAAUUGCAAAGUAGGAAUGGAAACAAUUGACAAUUGGAAAUCAAAAAUCGAAAAUAUUAGCAAUCUAUAAACAUUAAUGCAUUUAAUUCCAUUUUUAGAACAUAUCUCAUUUCAAUAUAAGAAAUUAUCACGCAUCUGUUUUUUUAAAACCUGUCUGCAUUUCAACAAGAGAAAAGUAGAGUAGCAUGACAUAUGACAUUCUAUGACAUUAUAUGACAUGACAUGACAUGACAUGACAUGACAUGACAUGACAUGACAUGACAUGACAUGACAUGACAUGACAUGACAUGACAUGACAUGACAUGACAUGACAUGACAUGACAUGACAUGACAUUACAUGACAUGACAUGACAUGAUUGAUUUAACAUGAUAUAAUAGGAAAUAACGCGACAUGACUUUGGCCUUAACUUAUCAUCAAUGAUAUUUUAUGUAAUUUUAAUAUCUUUUAAUUCAAUUUUUCUAUUGCUUUAGAUGAUGACGUUAUUUAACCAAUGUUUGACUUGCUACAAGUCUUCGUUCUGAUUUCUUCCGAGGACUAGCUAGGGCUUCACUGUAGAACGCCUUCUGUGAAGGAGCAAACAUUUCCUGUUUCAGUUGUUCGUUUAUUUUCUCUUUUCAUGUUUGCUCCUUCACAUAAGGCGUUUUAAAUUUCUCCUUCACAGAAGACGUUCUAUAAUGCAGCCCCUGGAAGAACUUGGAAGAACUUAGAAGACCUAAAGCCCGUUAAAAUCAACAUAGGCAAUACUAUUGUGCCAGAAACUGGCCCAGUGUCGAGGUGCUUGCAGCGGAUCGAAAUCAAAACAUCAGUUAUGAAUAAGUUACUAGAAUAUGAGAAUCAUUUAUCAAAUUCAUUUGUCAAGAACCCUGCCCCCUUUGCACCUGGAUCGCUCCAUCGACUCUGCAACUUGAUAUUUAUGGCACAGAUACCGUCGCGAAGUUGUUAUGUAUGUACCCAGAGUUGCAGAGCAUUGUAAAGGGGUUUCGGCGAAGGAUUUCUUUUUGAAGCGUUGGAUGAAAAGAAAGAGAGAUAUUUCUCCCGUCUCUCUUCCUUUUCUUCUCCGCACUCCCCCGACAAGAUCUUCUCUGCAACCCCUUGACUCUCUAGAACCUAGGGCAUUAUGUUUGCGAAAGAACCCAGGGCAUCCGAUGAAUGCCAUCAAUUGUUGAUAAAAACUAGGAAAAAAGGUCCUUUGGAAAAAGGAAAAAAGGUUUCUAAUAUCUGUGUAUGUGUGAACAAAAAGAAAAAGUUGUACGCGAAAAAGACAUAAUAUGAAUUUUUACUCUCUGCGAACUGGAUUUCUUCGCUGCAAAAUUCGAAAGGAUUAUACUACGCAUGCUCUAAAUUCAUCUUUGGGGAAACCGGUCGAGCCGUGCGCAGGCUAGGCAUGCUCAGAUAGUGGAAAACAGGCUUACGACUCGUUUUCUUACAAACGGCUUCUUGUGAAAAAUGCGUGUAACUAAUCUUAGUGCCCCC